AGGAUUUACAAAAACUAUAACAAACCACGAGGAAUAAAAUAUUAUAUGGAGCUAGCAAAUGUGAAUACCCCGCCACUAUCAUUUGUCUUUCGCCCCCCCUCUUCAAAAUUCAGUUGUUAUCACACUUUGCUUAACAUUUCUACUUAGCCCAACUAGCUUAGGCAACCAUCCUUCCUAACAAACUUCCCCACCCUCACCUCACAUCACCAUUCACCACCACCAUGCCACCACAACUCCCCUGUUUCUUCCUCUUCUUCCUCCUCCUCCUCUGUUUUUCCAGCUCCACCGAGCUCGACUCCCUCCUCACCCUCAAAUCCUCUCUCAAAUCCUCCAACUCCACCCUCUUCUCCACAUGGAUUUCAUCCAACCCAAUCUGUGAUUUCCAUGGCAUUUCCUGCAACAACGCUGGAAAUGUCAUCGAAAUCGAUCUCUCGAAACAGCGCUUAUCUGGCACGCUCCCUUUCGAUACCAUCUGCUCCCUCCCUUCCCUCCAAAAACUCGCUUUCGGGUUCAACUCUCUCUCCGGAGCCAUCUCCUCCCACCUCAGAAACUGUACUAAUCUUCAGUACUUAGAUUUGGGUAACAAUCAAUUUUCUGGAUCAUUCCCUGACAUUUCACCUUUGAGUGAAUUGAAGUAUUUGUACCUAAAUUUAAGUGGCUUUUCUGGGAUUUUUCCUUGGAAUUUUCUCUCCAAUAUGACUGGCCUAAUCCAACUCAGCCUUGGUGAUAACCCUUUUGACAUAACACCAUUUCCAAAGCAAGUUACUCAAUUAAAGGAAUUAAAUUUGCUUUAUUUAACCAAUUCCAGUAUUUCAGGGUCAAUUCCACCUGAAAUUGGAAACUUAUCUGAGCUCAUUAAUCUUGAAUUAUCUGAUAAUCAUCUAUCUGGGUCAAUCCCAAUACAGAUUUCCAAACUCAACAAACUAUGGCAGCUUGAGCUCUACAACAAUAAACUCACCGGAAAAUUGCCUGUUGGGUUUCGAAACUUGUCGAAUUUGGCGCGCUUUGAUGCUUCUAAUAAUAACUUAGAAGGUGAUUUGUCUGAGCUCAAAUUCUUGAACAAACUAGUUUGGCUUCAACUCUUCGAGAAUAAUUUCUCCGGCGAAGUUCCGGCCGAGUUCGGAGAUUUUAAGAAUUUGGUGAAUUUAUCUCUGUAUAGUAAUAAACUCACAGGAGAACUUCCCCAGAAACUUGGUUCUUGGGCUGAUUUUGAUUUCAUUGAUGUUUCGACGAAUUCGAUCUCCGGUCCAAUUCCACCUGAUAUGUGUAAAAAAGGGACGAUGACGAAGCUUCUGAUGCUCGAGAACAAGUUUUCCGGUGAAAUUCCGGCGAGUUAUGCAAACUGUAAAACGUUGACUCGGUUCCGAGUUAGCGAUAACUCGCUGACUGGAGAAGUUCCUGGCGGAAUAUGGGGACUGCCUAAUGUGAAUAUUAUUGAUGUUGCUGAUAAUCAACUCAGAGGUUCCAUUACCUCGGAUAUUGCUAAGGCGAAAAAUCUGGUACAAAUCUAUGCUGCCAACAAUAAGUUAUCUGGGGAUAUUCCGCCGGAGAUCGCGGGCGCUUCGUCGUUGCUUUGGAUUGAUUUGAGUAAUAAUGAACUCACAGGAGAGAUUCCUGAUAGUAUUGGUAAGCUUAAAAUGUUAAACAAUCUGUACUUGCAGAAGAAUCAGAUUUCUGGUAAUAUCCCUGCUUCUCUUGGGGAAUGUUUUGGUCUUAAUGCUGUUGAUUUAGCUCAAAACUCAUUUUCUGGUGAAAUUCCUACAACUUUAGGUUCUUUACCUACUUUGAAUUCCUUAAAUUUGUCGCAAAAUGAGUUAUCUGGUUUCAUUCCCAAUACUCUUUCAUCUCUUAAGCUUAGUCUUCUUGAUUUGUCCUACAAUAAGUUAUCUGGUCAAAUCCCGAAAUCUCUGUCCAUUGAGGCUUUUAGAGGGAGUUUUAGUGGGAAUGAUGGGCUUUGCAGCUCACAUUAUAAGAACUUUAGGCCAUGUUCAUCGAGGUCGUAUCGAGAUUAUCACACGUUUAUUAUAUGCCUAAUCUUGGGGUUAGCCAUCUUGGUUGUUUUGAGCGGUUGUUACUUGUACACAAAGUUGAGUGGUGCUAGGAAGGAUCACAAGCGGUCUUUCUCAUUGAAGGACGAUUACUCGUGGAAUAUGAAGUCGUACCAUGUGUUGUCCUUCACCGAAGAGGAGAUACUUGAUUCCAUUAAGCCCGAGAAUUUGAUAGGGAAAGGAGGGUGUGGGAGUGUUUACAAGGUCUCACUUAAAGACGGGAAGGAGUUAGCAGUUAAGCACAUAUGGAAUUUCGAUUUUUCCGAUCAUAUGAAAGUUAAUCGUCCGAGCACUCCAAUGUUAGAUAAGAAACGUGGGAGUAGUAGGAAGAUCAAGGAGUUUGAUAUGGAGGUCGAAACUUUGAGUUCAAUUAGGCAUAUCAACGUUGUGAAGUUAUAUUGUAGUAUUACUAGUGACGAUUCGAGCUUGUUAGUAUACGAGUACUUGCCAAAUGGGAGCUUGUGGGAUAGGCUACAUAGUAGCAAGAAGUUGGGAUUAGAUUGGCAAAGUCGAUAUGAAAUUGCUCUCGGUGCUGCAAAAGGGUUAGAAUACCUUCACCAUGGGUACGAGAGACCGGUGAUUCACCGCGAUGUAAAGUCCAGCAAUAUAUUGUUGGAUGAGUUUUUGAAGCCUAGAAUUGCUGAUUUUGGGCUCGCAAAGAUUGUUCAAGCGAAUGCUAGUCGUGAAUCAACUCACGUCAUUGCGGGAACACACGGCUACAUUGCACCAGAAUAUGGAUACACAUACAAAGUGAACGAGAAGAGCGAUGUUUACAGUUUUGGAGUGGUUCUAAUAGAAUUGGUAACAGGAAAAAGGCCAAUUGAGCCAGAAUUUGGAGAGAGCAAGGACAUCAUUAAUUGGGUCUCUAGCAAGUUGAAGAACAGGGAAAGUGUGUUUGACAUAAUAGAUUCAACCAUUGCGUCACCCUUGAAGGAAGAAGCAAUCAAGAUUUUGAAGAUUGCAAUCCUUUGCACUGCGAGACUCCCAGAGCUUAGGCCAACAAUGAGGAGUGUGGUGCAAAUGCUUGAGGAAGCUGAACCAUGUCAAUUGGUGAGCAUCGUUGUUGGUAAAGAUGGGGCAAAGAAAAUAGAGGAAGGUAAAGAGCAGUUCUAAGCUAUUAUCUAGCUAGUUUUUGGUGCAUAGGGAGCCACAAGGGCAGUAAUGUGGAUGAAAUUCAAUCUCGAAUCUUGGACACCACUUCCCAAGAUUUUAAUCAACUAAAUUAGUUGGCAUCCACAACUAUUAUCUAGCUAGUGACUUAGCCUCCAACAUAUUUUGAAAGUGACAUUGCUUAAAUUAAGAAAUCCUAGCAUGGGAGUACAAGAAGGAUUCAUCACUAUCCUAGCUUAUGAGAUCAGAUUCUAGAAGGGAGUAAUGCAAAGAAUUUGUAACAUAUAUAUUUGUAUAUGGUAAGAAUCCAAGUUUUAUUCUUGUGAAAUUAGUAGCUUCCAAUAUAGAGUAUGUAGUUCUUGUAUAAUAGGGAUGUAAAGUAGCAAUUAGCCAACUCACAUAUCUCUCCUAUUUCACCUUCAUGUUUUCUUUUCUACUUGUAUAUGGUGUUGAUGCAAGAGUUCAAUAAAAGCCCAUCUCAAGAAAAUGCAUUUUGAUGAGGCUUUUGUAGGAUGUAAUCUUCAAAUAAUAUAGUGGCACAAUUGAUGCAUA